AUGGAAAAGAGAGAGUGGGAGAUGAAGGAGGGAGAGCUGAGACGAAACUUCAAAGGAUUGUGUAAGCAGAUAGAUCACUUUCCAGAAGACACAGAUUAUGAAGCAGAUGCCUCAGAGUACUUCUUACGAGCCGUGCGAGCGUCUAGUAUCUUCCCCAUCCUCAGCGUCAUCCUGCUCUUCAUGGGUGGCCUGUGUAUAGCUGCCAGCGAGUUCUACAAGUCCCGUCACAAUAUCAUCCUCAGUGCAGGAAUCCUCUUUGUGUCUGCAGGCCUCAGUAACAUCAUUGGCAUGAUCGUGUACAUAUCAGCCAAUGCGGGGGAUCCCUCAAAGAGCGACUCCAAGAAGAACAGCUACUCGUAUGGCUGGAGUUUCUACUUUGGUGCUUUGUCCUUUAUCAUGGCUGAAAUGGUGGGCGUGCUGGCCGUGCACAUGUUCAUCGACCGGCACAGGGAGCUGCGGGCAGGCACGCGGGCCGCAGAUUACCUGCAGGGCUCGGCUAUCACGCGCAUCCCCAGCUACCGGUACCGCUACCGGCGCCGCUCCCGCUCCUCAUCCCGCUCCACAGACCCCUCGCACUCCCGCGACGCCUCGCCGGUGGGCUUGAAGGGUUUCGGGGCUCUGCCCUCCACCGAGAUCUCCAUGUACACACUCACCCGCGGGGGCGACACUCUAAAGGGCAGCCACGGCACUCCCACCGCCACCUACAAUUCGGAGAGGGACCACAACUUCCUGCAGGUCCACAACUGCAUCCAGAAGGACUUGAAAGACUCAUCCCACACUAACACAGCCAACCGACGCACCACCCCCGUAUGAGGCACAACCUCCCCCCAUAGAGAUCGCUAGGAGAGGGAGACGGGAGCAGGGCAGAGAGGGGGCAGAGGCCCGAAAUAUUACAGAUAAAACUUCAUGUACCAUGCGUUUUCGUGAUUUGGAGAAACCGGGAGGAUUUUUACUUUUCGAUCAAAGAUUACAUAUGUAUGCAUGAUUUUGCCAUUGACAAAAUGAGGCUGGUUUGAAAUGGAGAGAGGCUAUAAGAGAUAUGCAGAGGGGUUCUUUCGGCCCGUCACACGGGAGCUGUAGCUUGUGGCAUUGAUUUGAUAUGUUUUUGUUAAGGAAGCAUUUCACCACCCAUCGGUCUACAUGGAUCAGCAAGCUACUGCUCCCUCAUAAGUCUUCUUCCCCUCGCCACUAUAUUCAUCAUAUUUAUUUAUUUGCUCAUUUGUUAUUUGCAUUUUUAAAAAAAACUGUGAACCACUGCAGUAAGGUAUUCAGUAAGAAAUAGCCCAGUCU